UACGCGGCGGUCGCUCCACGCUCGGCCCGUUUGUGCGACACGCACACACAAUGGGGGCUGUGGGUUUUCAGCUUCUCGUAGUAUUUCUUCUUCUUUCCAUCGGUCCCCCGCCAGCUCUCGGUUCCAACAUCGUGACGACCGCCGGCAAAACCGUUCAUCUGCCGUGCCCGUCGGGCAAUCCCUCCGAGCGGAACGGCACCUGGAGAUGGUAUCCAGACUUGCAGAACGACGAAUUCGUGUCCAUCGCCACUUUCGGCCAAGCCGCGGUGACACCGAGUGCCGAGCGCUGCCAUGCGGCGUUCGCCCGGAGGAUGGACGUGCCCGGGCAGGCCAGCAGAGACUUCUCGCUGCGCAUCGUGGGGGCGAGGGAGGAGGACACCGGCGUCUACGUCUGCACCCUCUCCUCUGCCCACUCCAGCCACGUGACCUUCGAAACGGAGCUGAGGGUGGACGCGGCGCCGUGCAAUUGCCCGCGUUCGUGCCCCCACGUGCUCUGGUUGGUGCCGGUGGGGAUCGGCAUCGGGAUGGUCGCCACGGUGCCCCUACUGAGCUGCCUCUGCGACACGGCGCUCAAUUACAACCGACGGAAAAGGACCCUCAAAAAGUGGCAAACCUUCAGGAUCCACACCCUGCGGGCUAUGAGAGAGCGCCCGGUCGUCCAGAGCGACGUGGCAGAGGUCCUCGUUAUUGGCAACAAGCAGCCAGUGGAGGAAAUACCACAUUCCCAUGAAACUGACGCUCGUGUCACAGAGUGAAAGAAGAUGCCGCAGGACGUCCACCGGGCAGCCCUGCCCGCGAGAGGGGGCUAGCAAUCGGGGGGAGGGUAUGGGGGGCCGCGUAGG